AGCCGCGCAAAGUCCCAGCAAGUCGCGCCGGAGCAGAGCCGCAACUUCUCGGCCACUCCUCGGCGGUGCCAGCCGCCGCCCCGUUCCCUUCCAGCCGCCUCUAUGCGCCCCUCACCGCGGCCUCUGGGCUGCCGGCUGGUGGGCCGGGCCGCUGCCUGCCGAGAGCGUGGCGGCCAGUAGCUGCCGGAGGGGGAGGGCGGGAAGGCGAGAGGGGCGCCUUCCCGGGCGGCCCGAGGGCGGGGGCGGCCCCGACGAGGGACUCGAUGAGGAUUGCCGGCCUCUUCUGGACCAAAGGCUCGCAUAUGCUGCAGUGUCUCUGUGGGAGGCGCCUGAGUUCCAGCAGAAGUCCAGAACCCCAGCUGAAAGGAAUUGUGACAAGGUUAUUCAGCCAGCAGGAUUUUUUCCUGCAGAUGCACCCCGAUGGGACGAUUGAUGGGACCAAGGACGAAAACAGCGACUACACUCUCUUCAAUCUAAUUCCGGUGGGUCUUCGUGUGGUGGCUAUCCAGGGUGUGAAGGCAGGCCUCUACGUGGCCAUGAAUGCAGAGGGGUAUCUCUACAGCUCAGAUAUCUUCACGCCAGAGUGCAAAUUUAAGGAGUCUGUUUUUGAAAACUACUACGUUAUAUAUUCCUCUACACUGUACCGACAGCAGGAAUCUGGAAGAGCCUGGUUCUUGGGACUCAAUAAAGAAGGGCAGAUUAUGAAGGGAAACCGGGUGAAAAAGACCAAGCCAUCGUCACAUUUUGUACCGAAACCCAUAGAAGUGUGCAUGUACAGAGAGCCAUCCCUGCAUGAAAUUGGAGAGAAGCAAGGUCGCUCCAGGAAAAGUUCAGGGACGCCCACCAUGAACGGAGGCAAAGUCGUCAACCAGGACUCGACAUAGCUGAGAGAACCGUUGCCUGCCCCUGCAUCCACCCAGCCACCCAUCCCGCCCAGCGAACCCUCACUGAGACAGCGAUGAGAAACUGAGCAAGGCAGGAGCUUCCAGUAGCAGCUAAGAUUCUGGACUCGACCCUUUUCCUUUGUGUAGGAUGAGAAGAUCUUGCCUGUUGCAGCGUCUUAGAAUACAAAUAACACACACACAAACCAAAGGGGGGAGGGGAAAUAGAUAGAUUUUCAAUCAGGACUCCAUUAACAUUAAAAAACGACAACAGCAAAACUGUUUGCUCUGUGAUCAAAGGGGGGAAAUUGUUCAUCUCUGCAUAACGACGACAAUAAUAAUUACAAUAAAUUAUUAUAUAAUAAAUAAUAAAUGAAUGAAUAAAUAA